GCUGGAAACUGUCAGAUGAAUGUUUGGCAAAAUGUGUGCAAAAGAAUGCACAUUUUCUGAGGCAAAUUAGUGAUAAUUUAAUGAUAAUUACGUGCUAAUUGCACAGGGAAUGCCAAACAGUUCAGAAACAGAAGACAUCUACACUUGAGGUCAUCAGUAUUAUUUUCUACAGUCAAUUGCUGAUCCCGCACUGAUCAUCCAUCACUAUCAGUCUACUCCCAGCUGUGUUGGCAAGUGUCUGGAGCCAGAGCGCGUGAUAUUUUUUAGGCAAUACUGUAGAAAUUUUCUUUGUGAUAAAACACGUAAAUAGUCGUUCCGGGAAUUUCCGGCUUUUAUCUUUAAUCAAUUAAAUGGAUUCAAAGAGGCUCCUGGAAGAACCUCAAGCCCCCCACAUUCCCGUCACUGUUCAUGAGGCUACAAUCUUCGAUGGAGCGCGUGAGAUUCUCGAAAAGAUCCGCCCAAACUGGAAGCCAGAAGAUAUUGAGUUCAAGCUAUUCACCGAUGGCAUCACGAAUAAACUCGUGGGAUGCUUUUAUGGAGAUCGAGAAGAUACUGUCCUGAUUCGGGUUUAUGGAAACAAGACUGAUCUGCUAAUCGAUAGGACGGCAGAAACGAGGAAUAUCAAACUCCUACACAGCUACGGCUUCGCCCCUCGACUCCAUGCCACCUUUGCCAAUGGACUGGCCUAUGAGUAUGUCCCAGGAGUCACUCUGAAUCCUGAAAAUGUCACUGAUCCCGCCAUUUGGACACUCGUGGCCAGGAAAAUGGCAAAGAUGCACAAAGUGGAGUGUGGGGCCGAAGUCUCAAGGAAAGCUAUGCUCAGAUGGAAAUUAGAGCAAUUUCUCAAUCUCAUUCCCGAGAAAUUUAGCCGGAGAGAAAUUCAUGAAAGGGUAAAGGAUCAAUUUCUCCCUGUCUCUAAACUUCGACAAGAAGUCGAAAACCUCUGUGACCGCUUGGAAACUCUGGGCAGUCCUGUGGUUUUUGCUCACAAUGACCUCCUUCUGGGCAAUGUUGUGUACACAGAAGCCCUCAACCAAGUCACAUUUAUUGACUACGAAUAUGCAGCAUACAAUUAUCAGGCUUUUGACAUUGGUAAUCACUUUACGGAGUUUGCCGGAAUUGAUGAGAUUGACUACGCGCGGUAUCCUUCGCGGGAUUUUCAAAUGCAAUGGCUCAGAGUCUAUUUGGAGACAUAUCAGCAUCCACGAUGUGUGACUGAGACUGACCUGGAACGUCUCUAUGUGCAGGUCAAUCAAUUUGCUCUGGCUUCACAUUUGUUCUGGACCAUUUGGGCACUGAUUCAGGCAGAGCAUUCGACAAUUGACUUUGACUUUGUGAGAUUUGCACAGAUUCGCUAUGAGGAGUAUCUACAGAGGAAGGAGGACUUUCUGGCAUUGUCCUUUGAGAAUUAAUCUUGCACCAAAGCAUUCCAAUGUGAAUCCCACUGCUUUCUGUUAGUUCCAUUUUUUUUUAGAGAAAGACCAAAUUGUAAUUGAAAUUUUAUUAGAAGAUAUUUUGUUGCCAAAAUUCUCAAUUCUAAUCACUGUUUUACCUGAGGCUUUUAUAAAAAGAUUAAAAAAUGUAAAUUUUAUGGUAAAUUCAAUAAAAAAUAGUUGUAAGUGAUAGGAAAA